UGCAGGACAAGACGGUGUGGUGGCCGUGGUGAGAAGGAGACACUGUUCCCAGUGGAGUGGGGACCCUGACAGCAGGUGUACCUAAACAGCCACAGAAGCUCUGCACUGCUUCGCCCACCGACCUUUCCGUGGGGCCAGCUGCAUCACGUUCACACCAAACUUCCUGCCUUGACUGUGCUUGUGGUCAGUUGCAGCCCAAAAAAACGUCCCUGUGAGAUUAGAUGGGGCUUGUUUUGGAUCUGCAGCCCCACUCCAUCAUGGCCCCGGGGGCUGCAGGGGGCUGCAGCAGGCAACGGAUCCAAGGUCUGGGGAGCCGACUGGGGCCAGGGCUGCUGCCGUGAGGGGAUGCACAGGGUCAGCGAUGCCCAUCACGCAGGACAACGCAGGGGUCUUCCUCCCCCUCCUGUGCCAGUGGCUGCAGAACAGCCGCCGGGAGGGGGCCGAGGGGGCUGAGCAGCAGCUCUGCCGCUCGGCUGUCCAGAAGCUGAGUGAGUACAUCCAGCUCAACUUCUCUGUGGAUGAGAGCAAACUACAGCCAGGGAGCUGCGGGACUUCAGAUACGGAGAUCUGCACCAUGUACCUGGCCCAGGAGAUGCGAAAAAAUGAGGUUCUUGGUUUGAGCUUUGGGAACAUCCCUGCGCUGGGGGACUAUGGGGACAAGCGCCGGGGAGGGAAGAAGAGGAAGGGGCAUAAGGGACCAGUGCUUGACGUUGGGUGCAUCUGGGUGACAGACUUGAAGAAAAACAGCCCAGCUGGGAAGUGUGGGAGAGUGCGCCUGAAAGAUGAGAUCCUUUCUCUGAAUGGCCAGCUGAUGGUUGGCGUGGACGUCACCGGUGCUAGUUACCUGGCCGAGCAGUGCUGGAAUGGCGGCUUCGUCUACCUGAUCAUGUUGCGCCGCAUCAAGCGCAAAGCCCCUCUUCCUCCCUCCAACGGCAACAACAGCAACAGCUGCGACCCCAAAGCCAAGCCCAGCCCUGAACCUGGUGACAGAGCUGCUCAAAAUGGGAAAAGGACCAGGAAGUUUGGGGUCAUCACCAGAACGCCGGGCAGCAAGGACAGCAAAGAAAAGCCAGGCUCAGAGCACGGGAACGGGCACUGCACCCCGAUGGAGGUGGAGGUUGCUCAGCCAGAGACUUCCGAACCAGAAAGCAACGGGGAAGAGCAGCUCCAGGGCAGCGGGGGACAGUACCGGUGCCAACUGUCAGAUGGUGGUGUGCCAGACAUUGGUGACCAGUCUGCCCAGCGAGAAGGUUGCCGCAUAUGGAAGAUGCACAUCCUGAAGGGGACGGAUGGGCUGGGAAUCCAGAUAACGGGAGGCAGAGGGUCGAAGCGAUCCCCUUACAGCAUCAUCAUCACUCACGUGGAGGAAGGUGGCUCUGCACACAGGGACGGCAGGCUGACAGUGGGCGAUGAGCUCCUCAUGAUCAACGGGCAGUCGCUGGUUGGGCUCUCCCACCAGGAUGCCGUGGCUCUUCUUCGCUCGGCCGCUGGCCUGGUGCAGCUGGUGGUCGCUAGCAAGGAAUCUGCUGAAGGGGAUUUUCUGAAGUACCCAUCUACCAGUUUGCCAGACUUGCUUAGCACUUGCUCAGUCCCAGCCUCUGUCUCUUGCACUGACAAUAAAGAAAAUGAAGAGCCAGAAGAAGAAGAUGUGAAAGGAGUGAAUGUGUCUUCUGAAAAACUGGUCACUGUGAUGGAAACUGAGAAGUCUCAAGAUCCAACCUGUGCAGAAGUGUCCAAAGGAAGCAACCAGAGUCCAACUCUGGGAAGUGGCAUACUGAAAUACAGAAGUCGAUCCCAAGGUGCCGGAUCCCGCUUGGAGUCUGUGGGAGAAGACGAUGAGCUGAUGGUGGAAAAUGGGGAAUCGAAUUAUGAAAUAGCAGUGAAAUAUUCCCGGGGUGGAAGAAAGCACUCUCUGCCCCAGCAGCUGGAGUCAGCAGGAGCCAGGCAGGACUACCAUAUCGUGAAGAAAUCCACACGUUCAUUCAGUGCUGCCCAAGUGGAAUCUCCAUGGAGACUGACCCAGCCGUCCAUCAUUUCCAACAUUGUCCUGAUGAAAGGGCAAGGCAAGGGUCUUGGAUUCAGCAUUGUGGGAGGUCAGGAUUCUGCUCGUGGACGCAUGGGGAUUUUUGUGAAGACUAUAUUCCCAAAUGGAGCAGCGGCUGCUGAUGGAAGGCUUAAAGAAGGGGAUGAAAUCCUAGAAGUUAAUGGAGAGUCUCUACAAGGACUGACCCAUCAAGAGGCCAUUCAGAGGUUUAAGCAACUCAAGAAAGGUGUGGUGACCCUGACGGUGCGCACACGCCUGCGCAGCCCGAGCCUAACGCCCUGCGUGACUCCCACCUUGCUGAGCCGCUCCAGCUCGCCCAGCUCCAGCGCUAGUGGUGGCAUGCAGGUCACUGGCCCCGAUGAGGCAGAUGGUUCAUCCUCCAACCGCAAAGGACCUGGCCCGAAGGACAGAAUCGUUAUGGAUGUGACGCUCAAUAAAGAGCCAGGGGUUGGGCUCGGCAUUGGUGCCUGUUGUCUCACGCUGGAAAACAGUUCUCCGGGGAUAUACAUUCACAGCCUGGCCCCAGGAUCAGUGGCUAAAAUGGAUGGCAGAUUAAGUCGAGGUGACCAGAUCUUGGAGGCAGAUUCGGUGAGUCUGCGUCAUGCGGCAUUAAGUGAAGCCUACGCCAUCCUGAGUGAAUGUGGUCCAGGUCCAGUCAGCCUAAUCAUUAGUCGGCAUCCUAAUCCAAAGGUUUCUGAGCAGGAGAUGGAUGAAGCAAUUGCACGUACUACCCACCGAGAGAGCAAGGAUGCCAGCUCGUCUCACAUCACAGGAGCUGUACAAAAAAGUCCAUCUCCUAGUGUGAAGGCCAAACAAGGAGAAACCUCAUCUUCCCUCAGCUGGACUAUGAAACGCUUCUUGGAGCCAGCAAGCCGGCAGGGAUCUGUGAGCUCCGAGGCAGAGCUUUCCCAGUACUUCUCGCAUGACAGUGCAAGCCAGCUCCCGUUUUCUGAUGCUGUAACUGGCUCCUGCGACGAAGAACUGCUCCGUCAGAAGAACAGAAACAGUUUGUUGGAUGAUGGCUCUCUUCUUUCUGGCAACCUGAGUAAGCAACAGAAGUCAUUGCCUCAGGGAUCAAUGGGCAAGAUGGCUGUAGGAGAUGAGAUUACCACCAUCAACAGUAUCCCAGUCAGUAAGAUGACGUACGAGGAAAUCUGCUUACUUAUGCAGUGUCUUCCCACAUCCGUAACCCUGGAGAUCCAGAAAGCAGCACCAGCUGUCAGCAGAUUUACAAACCUCAUCCUGUCUCCAGGGGUAGACAGUCACAGUCAGGCCAAUGUCAACAGCAUCCUCGCAACUGGGGAAGAAGCGAGUGCUGGGAAGCAAGAAGGAACAGGUUUGCAAAAUGCUGGUGUCGGCUGUGCGGUGGAGAGAACAACACUGCCACCUGAUGCCACGAGCAAAGACCUGCAGAGGGGUACCGUGAAAAGCAGCCGUGCCGAGGACUGCGCUGCCAUCCCGGUCACCGAUAUCGAUGACUUGCUCAGCCAGAUGGGUGCUCCCGAAAGCAGGGCUUCGCGCACCCCGUCGCGAGCAGAAAGCCCCCUCCGAGAUGAGUACACCACGAUGUGCUGCUGUGGGACUGACGAAGGCUGUCCCGGUUCUGAGCCACAAGCAGCCAAGGAGGAGCUGCUGGAAAAAACUGUGAAUUGUGGAGCUAAUGCACAAGGGGUUUUGGGGCUGUCUGUGUUGGAUUCCAUUAACACAGGCAAACUUUUUACUGUGAAUAAAAACUCUUUAAAUAACUAUUCUAGGAAUUUUAGCAGUUUAAAUGAGGAUGAGUUGCCUGCAGCAAACUCUCUGGAAGGUGAGAGAAGUGACCCGUUUCCAAAAUCUAUGUAUGGGGCUGCGGAGGAUUCUCACUCGGAUGCAGAGUCUGUCACAGAAACCUUUGAUAGUGCUAAUGAGAUGUUGCUUGGGCCCAGCACUGCUGCUAGUGCACCUGCAGCCUGUACUGUAAUGGAGUCGGAUGAGGAGCAAAUUGAGAUUUGUUGCAUGAAUGAUGAGCUGCAAAAGCCCACACAGGAACAGCAUCUCACAGCUGCAACAAGCUCAUCUUCUCGGUCCCCACUGCACCCUUACAGCAACGAAGUUUUGCAAACUGAGGGCUGUGCAACGUGUGGGUCACUGGAGACAAGCAUCAACAAACUAGGCUUGGAAGACCACAGUGGUCCCACUCCAUGUCCCUCACAGUGUUCAGAUGUGUCCGCUGCAUCUUUGUGUUCUCCUUCCUCAGUUUUCCUGCCAGAAAAAGACAUUCUAAAGAACUCAGUCAGUAUCCCUGAAGUUUACUCUUUCUGUAACAAUGGUGCCUUAAGUACAGAAGAACAGAUGGGUUUGGGGAGCAGUAACGGACAUACAAAAUGCUGUGAAUCCAUUGGAGAGGAAGGGUCUCUGCACUGCAGAAAGAUAAGCUUUUGCUCUGCUAGAAAUGUCAGUGGCUUGGACAACAACUUGCUUGAGAAAGAAGGAUGUUAUGAGCAGAGAUCCAAAUCUGAAGCAGUGGCUGAUGAUUGUAGUCAUGCUGUUAGUUAUUGCUUAGUAAAGAAAGAAACCAACAGUUUGUCCAACUUGUCUAAAACAGACAGCAAUCAUGUGAAUGCAUCGUCAUCAAGAGCAAUAUCACUCAGGUCUCCCUUUCCCACUAGAUCUAAAGAUCCAAAGGCUAAUACAACUCAUGACUUGCCAGGGAAAAAUGAGAAAAUUAACUCUGUGACUUCAGGAAGGACUUCAAAUGGAAAAGUCCAAAGUUCAGGCAUAAAUCACUGCAAAGUUGCUGCAGUACUGCACAGCCCAUCCUCACAGAAAAAAUCUUGUCAGGAGUCUAAGGGAAUGGCACAAAAAAGUAUAAUGGACACCCUUUUAAAUAAUCAGAAGGCAAAAGCAGGACCAAAGCUAAAAGGGUUCACCAUCAAAAGCAAAGCAAAGGCAAAUUUAGAUUCUUCUGGCAUUAAUCCUACCAAAGUCAGUGGGGCUGAUCAGAAAAGGGCUUCUAUUUCUCCACAGCUGUCCCCCAAACUCUUGGGGAAGAAAACACCUUUGUCCCGUAAUUCACCCACAAACCCAGAUCCUGGCAAGAGCAUUUCCACAGCCUCAAGGACUCUCAAGUCAGAGCUAGAAAAUAAACCAUCUCUGGUCAUUUCUGAAGAUUCACUUUCACCUGUCCUGAAUGGUACCAGCAGCCCAACAGCAAGUGGUGAAAUGAAAUGUAACUUUGGAGAGCUAGCAGACCUGCAGCAGGCAUGGGGAAAGCCAAAAGAAAAGCAAGUUUCCAUGCAGCCUGCACUGUGUCAGGGUAAGGGUGGUAAGGUGGAUGAUUUCAGAGCCAGAGACAGUCAGUCCAAAGUCACAUCAUCUCCUCAGGGGAUACCAAAAGUUGAAUAUGUGAAAGGGAAGACUGAGAACCCUGGAACAGGCCUGAAUGCAAUCAAGAGCAUCUAUAGUGCAGAUGACUUUAGGCAAUUAGAUCUGCAAAACAUAGGACCGUCUGCUGGAGGCUCCUCUUCAUCAAGGUCCCCCUCAGUUCAGCAGGAGCAGCUGGAAGGGCAGGAGAUCCAGCGCACUUUCAUUGAGGUGAAGCUUUCAUCAUCAUCAUCCUCUUCCUCAUCCUCCUCUACCUCUUCCUCACCAGCGUCAUUUUUGCAGCUGCCGUUGCUGGAGAAAACAGAAGAGGCAAACACAGAAGUGCCUCAGCUGACUGAGGAGGUGGGGACCAUGCAGUAUUUCUCGAAAGUGGAUACUGCCGGAGACAGAAAUCUCUAUGGCUUGUCAAAGCCUGUGACGAGGACUUACUCGAUGCCAGCCCAGUUAUCGGGUCACUUGAGGGAGGACUGCCGUGUCGCAGAGGUUCAUCCUGUGCAAGGCCCCCAGGGCCAUGCUGCUCAGGAGAAAUGUCCCCAGGCAACAACAGGGGUGUUAAAGACGGUCCAUCUGAAUCUGCCAAAUGGCCAGAGUGGGAAGGAACAUGUGUAUACCUCCAAAAGUGUCCAGAGGGUUUGUGACACAUCCCCCUCAGCCAGCCACAUUAGCUGCCCCACCACCGAUAAGCUGAGGAACUUCAGGAGGAAUUACUACUACUAUGAGCUGAACUGGCCACAUGAAUCUACCUCAUCCUUCUCCGUCAAACAGAGGAUCAAAUCAUUUGAAAAUCUGGCAAAUUUUGACCGGCCCAUUGUGAAGCCCAUCGAUAUACACUCAGCUGUGAGGUCCCCCAUUGCCAGAAGAUCAUGUGGUGGAACGGCCACUGCAGCCAGCCCCGCCGAAACUCCGCGGGCCUUGCGCCGCAGCUUGAGCUCCUACGGCGGCAGCCCGAGCCCAGCCAACGCUGUGGCCAAGUCUCCCACCAGCACAGAGCCCACGCGUGUGGUAGAGGGUGUCAAGGAGGAAGGAAAGCCCCAGAGGACCAAGGAGGGUGGUGCUGGGGCAGUCACAGCUGCCUUUCCCCCCCAAGCCUCGCAGGCAUGCCGCAGCCGGGGCAUGGGGCGGCCGCCGCUGUCCCGCUCCAGGCUGCGGGAGCUGAGGGCCCUCAGCAUGCCCGACCUGGACAAGCUGUGUGGAGAGGGCUUCUCGGGGCCACCGCAGCCUGCCUGCUUCAAGACAGAGCUGGAAAUCACACCCCACAGAGCCCUCGGCGUGCCUGCCCAGAGUGAUGUAGCCCCUGCAGCCUGCUGCGGCCCCACCGAGGCAGGUGGGGUAGGAACGGGUGUCGGCAGCCCUCGGGACAGCGGCUCGGGGACGUCAGGGUCUGCCUCAGAUGAUGAUGUGCCCCCUGGCAGCUCUCCGGAUGGGGAGUGCGCAGAGAACAGCUGGUCUAUCAGCUUGGAUCAGCUGCUCAUCUCAAGCUUGGACCAGCAAAAACUGCAAUCUGUUUUGUCAGCAGUAGUACCAAAAUGUGACGUAGCUGCUAUGCUCCAAGAAGCCAAAGCACAAGUAAAGAGCAAAGAAGACACAUACUUUGUAGUCUUGCACAAAGAAGAAGGAGCUGGCCUGGGAUUUAGUGUUGCUGGAGGAAUAGAUCUGGAACAGAAAUCAGUCACAGUCCACAGAGUGUUUUCAAAGGGAGUGGCAUCUCAAGAAGGGACUAUCCAUAGAGGAGAUCAUGUUCUGUCAAUCAAUGGCAAGUCUCUGGCAAGCUCAGUCCAUGGUGAUGUCCUGAAUACUCUUCAUCAGGCAAGACUCUAUGAAUAUGCGGUCAUUGUCAUCCAGAAGGAAAAAGACAAAGCAAACAACUCCUCCAGACUUGAGAUAUCAGCUACUGGCAGAAAAUGUGUGGGGUCUGGAAAGGAUGUUUCCAUGGAAAUAGGAACAGAUCCAGACCUGGAUAUGAAUGAUGUCAUCUGCGUUGAAUUAUUGAAAACCUCUGCUGGCUUGGGAUUCAGUCUUGAUGGCGGAAAAGCUUCCAUUGCUGGAGACAGACCCUUGCUUGUAAAAAGAAUAUUUAAAGGUGGUGCUGCAGAGCAGUCUGGAAACAUAGAAACUGGAGAUGAAAUUCUUGCUGUUAGUGGAAAAUCAUUACUUGGCCUCAUGCAUUAUGAUGCCUGGAACAUUAUUAAAUCUGUGCCAGAGGGCCCUGUUCAGUUACUAAUCAGAAAACACAGAACUUCAAUAUGAUGGAAGCACCACAUCUAAUCACACAUGCUAAGACAAAACAUUUUAAACUGUCUACAAGCUGUCUUUGUUUCUAAAGCCACACAGAAGUGUCUUAAUGCUCUGCAGAGAGGUGCUAAGAGCCUUGGAGAACCACUGAGCAAGCAUGUGAUGAGCAUCAUAAAAAUCUCACCUAAUUAUUGAGGAUGAAGAAAGCCAAAAGUUAGAGACAUUUUUGUAUUAUGUGGCAGUUUAAAUGGAACUUCAAGACCUCUCCUGGGUUUGAUACAAAGUAUUUUGACUGAGAUAAAUAACACUGUGCCUGUCCCUGAUAUUUUUAGUAUCUGCAGAGCAUUGGGAGUAUAACUUGUUGGUUGCCAUCCUGUUGUCAAGGAUGGGUAUUUAGACUGUACUAUAUCACCUAGCUGUAAUAAGACUUCAGGACACUUACUUAGGGUCUGGUCCGUUUUUUUGUUGUAAUAAGAGAAUGUCUGGAACAAUCUCACUUUAUUCUUCUAAGUGCAGUUUUGCUAAAAAUGCAUGACAACAGAGUAUAAUUUUGCACAACUUUUAUGCCUAAAACAUGAGCAUUUUAUUGCAAAGCUGAAAAAUCCUCUUAAAACUGAUAAACUAACUCAGCAUCCACCACAACUGAAUCUGCUCUUAGAUGCAACUUGUAUCUGAAAGCAGUUGCCAUUAAUGCAGUAGAAAUCUGUGAGCAAGAAAAUCAUGUCCAAAUAAUAGCUGAUUCUCCACCAAGGUGUAGACUGAGUUGAUAGUUGUGGUUAAAAUGGGAGUGAUAAAAAUUGGGGAUAAAUUGGGACAAAACAUUAGAAGCUUAAAUUUUCAAAUUUAGGCUUCUAAUGUUAGGCACCUUUAAAAUAUAUAUUUUUUAAAGGGGGAUAAUUUCAAGUGCUGAGCACUUGCAGAUCCCACAGACUUCAGCGAUCACUGAAUACGUCUGAAAGCCGGGCCGCAUUUAUUUGGCUGCAAAGGCUUAAGGCUGCCUGACUUGAAACACUCAAGCUGGAAAAUGGUGGUCUAAGGAUGGGGAUUAUAACAGAUUAAAUCUGAACUGGCCAUAUUUGUGGUGGCUUUUAAUCGCGCUUUUUUGUUUUCUCCUGUCCAGUAUUUAUUUUUGCUUGUGUGAGAGUGGGUGAGGAUGUGUGUGGAAGAUAGAAGUGUGCCUGGCUGUGUCAGGAAUGGGCUGAUGCUGAGAGUUCUGGAUGGUGAAACUGAAAACUCUGUAGAUGGAAGAGACCAUGGUGUUAGAUACAGCAAAACUGAAAGGCUUGCAGUGCCACAGGCGCUUAGUUUGGAUUUUCUCACCUCUACUCACAGUGGAGGUAUCAGUAGCGGGCCAUGCUGCUGAAUGUUAUUUAUAGUCUGCUGUGUUGGGAGGAGAGUGUAUGGGUGCAAGCACUUAGACUCUGUUAUUUAUCUUCCUACAUCUGGGGAUAGCUAAACAACAUAAAAGAGAUACAGGAGGAAAUGGGCCAGUGUCCUUAUCAGCUGAGAACAAGUUGUUUGUUCCAGAGUGCUCAGGUUGUUUGUUGCAUUCGGCUGGAGACUGCUUGCAACCUACAUGCCUAGGGAGAAGAGAUCUCAGCCUGGAACCGGUCCAGAUCUGAGGUGCUGCCUACAUUUGUAGUGAGCCGAGACACUGCAUAGCUGUUACAGAAAGGUCUGGGCUUGUCAGUUGGCCCUACCCCAAGAUCAUGCUAUAGUUCAGUUUAUUUACAUUUAUUCAACAGUGCUUGGAGCUAUUGCUUCCAGGUUAGUGGAGCACUCACUGGUUCAUUUCUGUGACAGCUUUAUUAGACUGCGACUCGUGAUGUGCAGAGGAGAAUUCAGUUCUGCAAGGCAACCUGAGACCAGGUGAGCAGAAAAGCUGUGCUUUGUUUGCCUAAAACCCGAAUAGAUUUAAUUUGUUUUCAGUGACAUAUUAGCAUGUGAAUCCAGGGAGAGAUGCAGCUUUUGGUUACAGGAAAGGCAAUACUUUACGUAGUCCUGCAGCUGCUUUGGCUGCAGGAUUUCUGUGGAAACUAAUUCACCUUCAGUGCUGUGAAAUGACUGUGGAGUUUGCUCCUCUGUGGCCCCAAAACUCAGCUGCUCUGCUGGGACCAGUCCUUGCCCCUGGUCACCUCCAUGGUGGGAGAGGCUUCAGGGGGAUGCAGCACUUGGGGUCAGAGGACCACACUGAGGUUGCAGGCCUUUGCUGGGAUAAGAGAGGUUACCCCUGCAUGUUUGCUGAAAAACAGGGAAAAGACAUUUGGCAGUGACAAUUAAAUGGUGAGGCCUUGUUCAGGAAUGACCAAAAUCUGACUGUAAUAGCGUGUAUAAUAGAUACAUAAAUGCAUGUGGAAUUUAUUGCAGCGUAGUGAAUACAUACCUGUUUACGUAUAAUACGUACAAGUGCAGUACUGACUUUUUGCUACUUUAAUGUGGUAAAUCACAAUUGUGUUGUAGGAAAUGGCAUUUUUUUUUUUCAGUCCACAGUUUAAAAUUCUGGAGGUUCCAAUGCAGGGAGGCGUAUGUAUCCCUCACUCCUAAACCUGUGUGAGCGCAAAGGUUAAGUUUUCCUUUUGUAAAUUAAGCUUAAUUUGAGGUGUCUUAAGAUGAUACGUGGUGAGUAUUUUCAGACGCUUAUUUGCAGGUACUGUUCAUUGUGAGUGAUUUAGAAGGCUUUCAUUUUUCAGUAAUCGAAUACUGUUCAGUAUUUUAUUUUACAUGCACGUAGAUAUAUGUUGGCUGAGUAACAGCAAAGAGAGGUGGGGAUUUUUGUGUGUGAUUCAGUAGUGGCUAUAAUUUAAAAGAUAUGUUUAAUGUUUUUAAGUCUGAUAGUUACCGUGGGUAGAAUGAUACACUACUAACAUUACAGCAAGAAAAAAAAUAGUAUUUAACCUGAUAGUUUCUGUUCCUGAAAAUACUUUUUUUUUUUUUUUUGGUGAAAGACCAAGAAACAUCUUUACUGAUAUACCAGUGUUGAUAUGAUUACAGUAACAUUUCCUAACUUCUCUGUUGGGGUGACAUUCCCCAUAACACCCCCAGGAUUUAUGCAACAUGGAUCUGCUGUAUUGCAAACAGGAGGAAGGCUAGACCAAACAGAUGUAGUGAACCUUUGCUUAUGCACCUGGUAAAGUAAAUGAGGAUGAAAUUACAGACUCAGUCUACAACUCUUCGGCAGGGACCGAAGGCGUUCCAGAUAAGGUGAAUAUAUGCUCCUAGAUGGAGAAGGUCUGGUGGAGGGCUUUGCUGCUUCCAGGUCUGGGGCAGCUCAGGGUGCACGUCCUGGACAUGAGAGUUGGCUCUGGUGCGAUACUGCCAUUGUGUAUUCUGCAGCCUUUUGUACCUGGAAGCUCUUUCCAGCUCCUGUGGGGACUGCAUCUGUAUUAAAAACUCUUGAGAUUAGGCCUAAAUUAGGGAGGGAACAACAUCUGAUCAUUUUCUUGCUAAAAAAAAAAAAAUAAUAUUAUGGCAGAUAAGUAUUAAGAAACUGUUGAGUGAUUCAUAUUUUCUGACUACCCUCACUUAAAAUUAACCCUUGUUAAUGUUCUGCAGUGGUUCUUGUCAAAAUCUGAAGGAACUGUUCCCAGAUGGGAGUGUUUACCUGCUUCUACGUUUAGAGUAUGUAAAUGUACAAGUGGAAAUAUUGAUGAAGAGUAGACUACGUCAUGUGAGAAAUGGGGAUCCCACUCUAGGUAGUUUUUUGUGUGUUAGACUAAUACACUUAUUGUAUGAUACUGUAUAUUUACACUUUUAUUUAUAUAAAUAAAACUUCUUUUAAUGAAAACUGUUUAAUAUGCCUUGAAUAUUAUAAAAAAGUGAGUGCAAUAACAUGAAAUAGAUUGUACAUUUUUCAAUUUGCUGUCUCUGUUAUGUAAAUCUGUAUCUCCAUAAACUGUUUUGUUUGGGUUUUUUAGUGAUUUUGGAAAUAAAUGGUACCCUUAGUA